UCCUCUCUUCUUCUUCUUCCUCACCUAGAGCCUGACCUUUCAUCAAACCAAAGAUGGCUGUCGUCCCCGCACAGAAGCCGCUCAGGGGUGAACGCAGCAUGUUCUCCUCCUCGGACGACAAUGCGAUGAUGAAGAGAAUUCUUGAAACUCAUGCCCCAGAUGGCCGAGAUAUCGAUGCCAGACCUCUCCUUCAGAUAAUUGAGGACAUUUUCAAACGUGCUGCACCUGGCAGCAUUCAAGGAGCAAAAGCGCAAGCGGACGCAUUGGACGACAAGGCCUUCCAUUCUGGCCUCAUUGACAUGCUCGAACUUUUAUCAUACACGAUUAGCCGAAUUUCCUGCGAGAUAUCCUGCAAGUGUUCCGGUGGCGGAGAUGCGCAUGCGACAACUGUGGCAAUAUGCAACAUACUGUCGAGUUACUCAUGGGAUGCAAAGGUGGUGCUAGCCAUAGCAGCUUUUGCUGUGAACUAUGGUGAAUUCUGGCUGGUGGCGCAGCUUUACGCCACCAACCCCCUUGCCAAAGGGCUUGCAAUUCUGAAGCAAUUGCCUGAAAUAACGGAGUAUGCUGAAAGUUUGAAACCAAAGUUUGAGGCACUUAGCAACCUCAUCGCGGCCAUGCUGAAGGUCACCAAGUGCAUCGUUGGGUUCAAGGAACUUCCUUCCCAGUACAUUACCCCGGACACACCGGAACUGGUCACCGCCAAUUCUCAUAUUCCGAUAGCCGUUUAUUGGACCAUUCGGAGCAUCGUUGCAUGCGCUUCACAAAUUAUGGGCCUCAUCGGCAUGGGUCAUGAGUACACAGCAUCAACGACCGAGGCGUGGGAGCUGUCGAGCUUGGCCCACAAGGUAAACAACAUAUACAGCCACCUCGAGAAGCAGCUCAAUUUUUGUUAUCAACACAUUGAGGAGAAGAGACAUGUAGAAGCAUUUAUGACUCUCGUGCGUCUCUUCGAGACAAUCCAUGUCGAUAACAUAAAGAUACUUAAGGCUUUGAUUUGCGGCAAGGAAGAUCCGCUGCCUCUGUUUCAUUGUCCGACCAAGCAAAGGGCUAACAUUGAUGUGCUGAGAAGGAAGAACGUGUUGCUGUUUAUCUCAGACCUGGAGCUCUCCCGCGACGAGCUUUCUAUGCUUGAACAAAUGUUCACCGAGGCACGGAACCAUCCAGAGAGGCCAGAGAGUCAGUACGAGGUUGUGUGGCUCCCGGUCUUGGACAGGACGAUCACGUGGAACGAUACGAAAAGAAAGCAGUUUGAGGCCCUACAACAGCAGAUGCCAUGGUACUCGGUCUAUGAACCUUUCCAGCUGGACCCGGCAGUGAUCAGGUACAUCAAGGAGGUGUGGCAUUUCAACAAGAAGGCUCUGCUCGUGGUGCUGGACCCGCAAGGGAGGGUGGCCAACCCCAACGCCAUCCACAUGAUGUGGAUCUGGGGAAGUGUGGCCUUCCCUUUCACUAGCACAAGGGAGGAAGCACUCUGGAAGGAAGAGAGCUGGAGAAUUGAGCUUUUGGCUGAUGCCAUCGACCAGAACUUGUUUACAUGGAUAACAGAAGGGAAAUACAUUUGCUUGUAUGGAGGAGAAGAUAUGGAUUGGGUGCGGAAGUUUACGGUGGCUCUGCGUAGUGUUGCGCAAGCGGCGAAGAUACAGCUGGAGAUGCUUUACGUGGGGACGAGCAACCCGAGGGAAAAGGUUAAGAAAAACAACGCAGCCAUUGUUGCGGAGAAGCUUAGCUACGUCCUGCCAGACCCGAUGCUCAUCUGGUUCUUCUGGGUGAGGCUUGAGAGCAUGUGGUACUCCAAGGUACAACACGGAAAGAGCGUGGAGAACGACACCAUAAUGCAGGAGAUCAUGACAAUGCUGAGCUUUGAUGGGAGUGAUCAGGGUUGGGCUGUGAUCAUGAAGGGAACGAUGGGAACGACAGAAAUGGCUAGGGCCAAGGGGGACACCAUUUUGCAGGCUCUGAAUGAAUUUGAUGCGUGGAAAGAAAAGGUAGGGGCGACAGGCUUUGUGCCGGCACUCAAUCAGCACCUCUCAGACAAUCGCACCCCUCAUCACUGCAACCGUCUCAUACUGCCAGGGACCGCUGGGAGCAUCCCCGAGAAGGUUGUCUGCGCUGAAUGUGGCCGUGCCAUGGAGAAGUUUCUCAUGUAUCGCUGCUGCACCGAUUAAGAGGCUUCAUUUGAGAGCUACUACAUAUUUUUAUAUAUAUCCAUAUGAUUCUAUGAAUUAAGGGCCAUAUAUAUCCCAUUUUAAUUACUGCAACUACCUAGAGCUUGCUGCUAUAUCGUAAGCUCGGAUUUGUAAAAUUUGGAAUUCUCUAUAUCUAUAUGUGUGCCUUAUCAUAAUGCCAUAUUAUUCUUAUUAAUGA